AUGUCACUUGAUAAGAAAGACCCUGGUUCGGUCAUUGAUGUGGAGAAGAUAGGCUCCGUCGAUAGACAUUAUGUUUCUACCGGAUUCGAUGAUUUCAACGAUAAACUCGAUCCUGAAAAGUAUGGUCAAACAAAGAGAAAAUUAUCUUCCAGACAUGUCAGUUUAAUGAUCAUUGGGCAGAGUAUAGGGACAGGGUUGUUCAUCGGUCUUGCACUGCCGCUUAUGACGUCGGGGUCGCUCUCUUUGUUCAUAGGGUUCUUAUUCUGGGCCAUUCUCAUGAUCUGGCCGUUGAUGCAAGCUGUUGGCGAAAUGUGCUCAUACUUGCCCAUUAAGGGUAGUUUCUUGCACUACUGCGCCAGAUGGGUAGACCCAGCUUUGGGCUUUGCUUGUACCUUAAUCUAUUUGUACACUUCGUUGAUGUUCAUUUGUCUUGAAGCAGUUGCCGUGGCGUCAGUCAUUGGAUACUGGACUGAUAUCAGCAACGCAGUGUGGAUAACAAUCACCAUUGUGUCCUACUUCUUCUUCAACAUAUUUGGUGUCAACUGGUACGGUGAAAUCGAGUUCUUCUCAUCUAUGCUUAAGGUAUUGUUGAUCGUAGGCUUGAUGUUUUUUUCCUUGAUUUCCAUGUGUGGUGGAAACCCUAAGGGAGACGCCUAUGGUUUCCAGCACUGGAAGGAAGGAGGACUUUUCAAGUCGUAUCUCGUUCCUGGCUCAACUGGUCAAUUUUUGGGUUGGUGGAAUGUUCUCAUCUACGCUGCUUUCUCCUGUGGUGGUCCAGAUCUUUUGGGCUUGAUUGCCGGUGAAGUUUCGUUGCCCAGAAAGAACAUUGGUUUGGCUGCUAAGAGAUCUUACAUUCGUAUCUAUCUUUUCUACUUCGGUGGGAUCUUCUUCAUGAACAGUUUGUGUUCUUCCAUCAACCCAGACUUGGUCAAUGCCAGAGAAGCCGGUGCUGUAGGUGCUGGUGGCUCUCCUUGGGUCAUUGGAAUCAGAGCUGUUGGAGUUCAUGGACUUGAUUCCUUGGUCAAUGCCUGUAUUAUGGCCUCAGCCUGGUCCUGUGGAAAUGGGUUCUUCUACGGUGCCACCAGAACUGCUUACAGUGCCUCUUUGGCUGGUUACCUUCCUAGAUUCUUUUCUAAGUGUACAAAGAACGGGGCUCCCAUCUACUGUGUCAUGUUUUGUUCUGCUGUGUCAUGUUUGGCCUACAUGAGUGUGUCUACUUCUUCUGCUACAGUGUUCAACUGGUUCAUUAACUUAUCAACAACUGGUUUGUUGUGUACUUAUAUCUGCAUGUGGUGGUGCUAUUUCAAGUUCAGAAAGGCAUUGCCUGCCCAGGGCAUCGACAUCAAGAGCAGCUCCUACAUCUACUAUCUUUCGCCAAAGUUUGUCUACCCAUACAUGUCUUACUUUGGACUUUUCAUCAACAUUUUGGUGUUGUUCUUCAACGGGUUCUGGAUAUUCUUCCCUGGCCAAUUCUCGGCUGCAAACUUGUUGACAUCGUACUUUGCCCCAGUAUUCUUUAUUGCAUUAUUCUUGUUCUGGAAGGUUUUCAAGAAGACCCACUUCAGAAGUGACACGGAAGCUGAUAUCACCACUGGUAAGGAAGAGAUCGACGAAGAGGAAGAAAUAGAAAAGGAAUAUUACGCCAACCAUCCCCGCAAGGAGGGUAUCAUUUUCAAGAUCUGGUACAAGAUCGCCGACUGGUGCUUCAACUAG